GAGGAAAAAGAAAAAGGAGAAAUGACCAUCUAUCGGCACGAGUCUUCACUCCUGCUCGCAAGCAAGUGAAUGAUAAUUUGGAAAUAGCUUCAGCUGGGAUUGUGAAUCAGUGAAAGAGAAGCUAAGAAAUCCGGGAUCGGAAUCGAUGGCGUCGAAUGAGCAAGGAGGUACUGCUAACACACCUGCAAAGAGGAAGCCGGUGUUCGUUAAAGUAGAUCAACUGAAACCUGGAACCAACGGUCACAACUUGGUCGUUAAGGUCGUGUCCGCCAACACCGUCUUGCAGAAAGGACGACCCUCCACAUCUUCUCGGGAUCCCCGUCCAACUCUAAUCGCAGAGUGCCUCGUCGGCGACGAGACCGCCGCCAUCCUUUUCACCGCUCGAAAUGAACAAGUGGACUUGAUGAAGCCAGAGACCACACUAAUCCUUCGAAAUGCAAAGAUUGACAUGUUUAAGGGAUCAAUGAGGCUAGCUGUUGACAAAUGGGGCCGAAUUGAGGUGACAGAACCUGCAAAAUUUGAAGUCAAAGAGGAUAAUAACCUUUCUCUGGUGGAAUAUGAAUUGGUGAACGUAGUUGAAGAAUGAUUUCAUUUUAGAGUGCAAAGAUGACUUGAUGAUUUGAUUACCAAGCAACUGAUAUUGUCCAAGGUAAAACUUUUAAUUUGAAGGAUGGAUUGGGAUUCCUUCUUUUACUCAAAUUAGCAUGUAAUUCCUUCUCGCUCUUCUCGCUUCUUUGGCAUCUUUUUGGGGAUAAAUUGAUGCCACUUGAAGGGUGUUUGUGUUAAGGGACUCUGACUUGUUAAUUUUGUCAGUAGUUGUAUCCAAUGAACACUAGGGAGGUAUGAUAUUGUGUGAAUACUUCUUUGGAUCAAGAAUUGCUUGCAGUUGAAUACAAUAUACAGGCUUUUCUUAGGCA